GGUAGGAAAAUAGUGUUUUUUGAAGCAAGUAGAAGCUCGUUGAUUUUUUUUACACAUCAUGCGGAAUUUGAACCUUUUGGCUGGCGGAGGGCUUUGGCCCUGCAAUCGGCAGUUAUAGAGCGAACUCUUUUUCUUGGUUGGAAACGAGGACGGUCCUCGUAAAGUGCUUCGUAUGUACCACAGCUGUUCGUUGGCUCCCGCGUUUGAUGCCAAGCGCAAAGCGCUAACGUCGCGGCGGUAGUUCAAUUUUCUGCUGUUGGGCGGGCAUAAACACGUCAGCGCGCCCUUGCAGGAACCGUCAACCUGUCCUGCUUGUUUAACGUCGACUGGCAGCGCCAGUACACCGGCAUCACGGACCCGAGAGAGUCCGUCGGUUCAGCAGCUGCGGUCAGCGAAGAUCGAAGAAGCAAAGUAAGAUCAACUAUACAGAGCAAAGGCCUGUUGUAGCGGAGAAGUUUAUAGCGCCGGCGCCGACAGAACUGUUUUUAUUCCGGUUCCUCGCAAAAGCACAACGAGUACCGGUACCGCGUCGAAGAACGAUCACAGGCCGCGAAGAAGGAGAUAACUCCUUUCCCAGUUGAAACAAUGAUGUCAUCACCGAAGUACAGAUACUAAGCCACGAAAGUAAGCAGUUCCUUGAACUGUGAUCGCAUCGCAGGUGCUGCACAUACGUAAAGUUUUGUGGGCAGCAGAGCUGCUUUUGGGCGGCAACAGGACCAACAAGCCAUCAAGCGACCACGGGACGGCGUGUGAGUGGAAAGCAGUGGCAGCGAGGUGUGCUGUCAUCGCGAGACUCGAGCCCGUCCGGCCUGCAAAGCAGCACUGCACACCUUACUUCUACCGAGGUACCUAUCUGCAGAAGCAGCAAGACAAAGCGCUUUGAUCCUUCCCCCGUCCCGUUGAGAGCUUUGCAGGGGCACAGCGGAGACAGCGGACCAGGUGGUUCUAAUUUUCAGUGAAGGAAGAUAAAAACGCGGCCGCUGAUUUCCCGUGGUCGUAGCCGGUCUCCUCUGCAUCAGUAAAAAUUGACCGGCUCUUUCUGCCCAAAAAGAUGCCGGACCACUAUGAGAAGCUGCUCCAGCGCGUUGGGGAGCUGGAGAUGGAUCUGGGCCAGACGGUGGCCGCCAACACGCGUCUCGCGUCCGACGUGCAGAGCCUGCGAAAAGUGCACCAGGAACUCGUCGACGCCUACGAUCGCAUGAAGACGCAGCACGUAGCCGCGAAGCAGGCCCUGUCGGACGAGAGGCAGCGCUACAACAAGCUCGAGCACGAAUUUUCCGCACAACUGAACGAAUGGCACGACAAAAUGCUGCACAAGGCCAAGGAGCUCGAAGAAUUGCAGCAGAUGCCCGACCCAGCAAGGGAGAUAGAAAUGAUCAGGUAAAACUGGAAUUUUCAUUACGCUAAGUUGCUUUCGUUGUCCUCGAAAUAGCGGCUUUGGAAGCACCUACUUCUUGAUGGGAUCAUCCAAGACGUUUUCGUCCAAUUUUCGUGUCAAAAAAUUUGAGCUCGGUGGUUAAUGGUGAUGCAUCGUUGAUGCGAAAAGGAAAACUCACCUCAGGUUAAAGGUGUCAGAAGAGCUUGAAGGGCCGUACCUCGAGAAGCUGGAGCAAGCAGAAAAGCGUGCGGAGCUAGAGCAGCGGAAGUUCAACGAUGCAAAACGGCAGAUCGAGGUGUUGAAGCUGGAGCUGAAUCAGAAGAACAAGGAACUCCUGUCUUUUGAGGAGGACACAAAAGCCCGGCUGGACGCGCAGCGCCAGCUCUACCAGGGCAAGAUCGAUUCCCUGCAAAGUGACUUGGACAAAAACACACAACUGGCCGGGACCACGACCAGCCUGCGACAGCAGGUGUAUGAAAGGUAGCUGAAAGUACUUAGAUGAUCAUGAUGUCGACAUUGUUUUUUUGGAUCAAUUCGUGCUCGUCAGGAUAAGGGUCGCAGUGGAUGUGGUAUCAAAGUCGUGCCAGUCAGGAUUAUCUUUCUAUGCAGGAUGCGAUAGGAGAUGUUUUGGUUUACAUAAGUGCAAUCACACUCAUCUGCAGGGCCGCGAAGAACAAAGCGCUGCUAGAGGAACUCGAAACCGCGGAGGUUCGGCAUAAAGAAGAAGUCGAGGAUUUGAGAAAAACGGUGGCCAGUGCGCAGGCCAAGACGCGGGAGAUGGAGAGCAGCACGCGCGAGCUGGAGGCAGCACUGCAACAGCAGAAGCGCGAGAAAGAGGACCUCAGCACGAAGCAGUUGCGUUACAUAGCAGAAGUGGACCAGUCUCGCGAAUCUCUUCUGCGACUCAGGCAUCUCCAAGACACGGAGGCCGAGCGGGAGCGCGCACAGACCGAGUUUGCGGGCCGGCUCAAGCGAGCAGAAACCGACGCGGAGCUACGCAGCAAAGAAAUUGAGGUACUAGGGUUCGGAAUGUUGUGCCUGGGCGAGGCACAGCAUGAGCACGCUCCGAUGUACUCACAGCACUGUUGCAAACUGCUUUUUAGUAGUCAUCUCUCUUUCUCACAGGUAAAAGACGAGGAGAUAAAACGUCUCAAGGCGCGAAGCGAACAGUUUCAGAAAGAAAGCGCGGCAGCCAUAACAGAAGCUGAUCAACGUAUCGCCGCUCUUCCUUUUCGUUUUUUUCAGUUGCUGCUUUUGGGUUGCAAAGAUUUGAUGUUCACCUAAAGAAAUAAAAAUCAAUCUUACGUGCACGUGGCGACACGCAACAUGCAUUCAUUCUUCAUCACAGGCAUUGCGGAUGCAGAAUUGCAAGUCACAGCGGAAAAAGACGCAACUACGCACGCCCUGGCCUCAUUGAAGAGCGAAGUAGAGCACCUGCGCACCCAACUCCGCGAUAAGGAAAGCACCUACACCAAGGACCUAUCCGAGUAUGAAAACAAGCUGGAGGCCCUGACACGCGAAAGCCAUCAGCUAAAGCUCACUUGCGAAACCGAAGAGAAGGUACUGGUUUUGGACGAUUUUGUAGUUUCAUCCGGUCGAUGAACAGAAAAUUUUCGGACUACAGGCGAGUAUAAUUUACGAAAACCUCCACUUGCAUCAUCGACAUUUGCGGUCGUGUUUCCUUUUGGUGAUAAAAACCAAAAAUUCAUGUAACUUCUCCAGCGCGCUCGCGAUAAUGACCGGAAAGCGCGCGAGUACGACAGUUUGGAACGGCAGCACUACGACCUCGAGCGGCAGCACCGGGAAGUCAGCAGUGCGCACGCGACGCUGAAAUCUACCAACGAUGCCGCGGUGAACGAGAAUCGGAAGUUGGUAGAAAAGCUGGAGGAAGUAAACCGUCUGCACGCAGAGAACCGAAGACGAACAGAAACAGACAGCGAAAAGCAGGUGAGACAAGUGGUUUUUGCUUUACUUGUUGUUAUGUCAACCUUAUUUGAUGUGUUCAACAACAUUCAUUGAAGAAGCCAGCGGCAAUAUGGUGGCAGUACGUAUCUAUGUAUCUGUGAGUUCGUUGUACAGUUUGCCCAUAUCCUUUAUUUGCAGAAGUCACUCCAAUUUUGUUUCUCCAAAAUGAACCCCGCAGAUGGAGACUAUCAAGGCCACGCUCCAGCGAGCGGAGAAGCAAAUAGAUGAAAAGGAGAAAGCCCUCCAUCGCGUCAAGGACGAAACAAAGCAGCUUGCUACCUCGAGUAUACUGUUCACUUCUGUUUACUCCGUGUUUGUCCUAUUUUGUAUCUAUGUAUGUUGUUGUCGAAGUUCGCCUUUGGGAAUACUAUGCUACGGUCGUGCCUCCUGCCCGCGAAGAACGCACCUCGCCCGCGGUGCAGCUCACCCGUGGAGCCUCACAUGCUAUAUCCUCCCCGACGACCACAACUGCAGGUAAAAAGAAGAUCGAGGGGCAAAAGCAGAAGACGAAGCAGCUGCUGGACCGGUAUACGAGUAUGGUCACCGAGAAGGAGCAGGCUAUCCGCAUCGCGGAAACGAACAAGAAAAAAUACGAGCUGCAGAUGCUUCAGGUCCACAAACUCCUGAACGAUCCCAUACUAAAGGAGCACUUGCAGCCGAGCUUCGACCAAAAUCUGGGCGUCUUCAAGGAGUUGCAGAACCUCCGCGACUGCCUGAACGACGCAAUUUACAAUCCCUCCGCAACAGUUUCGCCCACGACCGGGGUAAAGGAGCCGCCCGGGGCGCACAACGCCGGCGCCAUGUCGUGA